CUAACGACGCCUGCGUCCAUCACUCUCUCCAAAGGUCGGUCCGUUUCAGCCUGCAAUUGUAACUACCUGAUCAUGUCUCACUCAGGUGCUCAAGGUAGCAUUGGCAGCCACUCUGCCAUUGGGCUGCGCAAUUACAAGAUAUACCUCUAUGAAUAUGAGAACUUCCAAGGCCGCAGGAUGGACCUGUUUGGAGAGAGCCGUAACCUGUGUGAGAAGGGUUUCGACAGAGUCGGCUCCAUCAGGGUCGAGUGUGGACCCUGGGUGGGUUACGAGCAGCAGAACAUGACCGGUGAGAUGUUCAUGCUGGAGAAGGGAGAGUAUCCCCGCUGGGACACCUGGUCCAACAGCUACAGGUGUGACCGCCUCAUGUCGGUCAGGCCUGUCAAAAUGGACCCCCAGGACCACAAGAUUUGCCUGUAUGAAUGUCCAGGCUUCGAGGGUCGUAAGAUGGAGGUGUGCGAUGAGGAUAUCCCAAGCCUGUGGUCUUACGGCUUCCAGGACCGUGUUGCCAGCAUUCAGGUCACCGGUGGAACCUGGGUGGGUUACCAGUACCCUGGCUACCGUGGCUACCAGUAUGUGUUUGAACUGGGCCCUUACAAGCACUGGAACGAUUGGGGAGCCCACCACCCCCAGAUCCAGUCCAUCCGCAGGGUGAGAGACAUGCAGACGCACCGCAGAGGCUGCUUCGAGAUGACCGCAUAGAGAGGAGUCCGGCAGACUGUGGGCUAACAGGAGGGAAUGACACAGGGGUCAGGCUUGCCAUGCUGCUAACCAUCCCUUGGAAAAUUCUUCAACAGCCACCUAGCCACACACAGGCUGAUGGCUUUUGAAUAUUGUUAUGCUUUUACUGGUACGGUUUGAGAGUUCUGUGGCAUCGUGAACGACUGUCACAGACUUCCAGAGCAACUGUAACACUGGUAAAAACUGAAGCAAUGCUCUCUGUCUACAGACCUCAUAGAAAGAUUAUGAAAGGGGGAUUAGAGGGGAUUAGUUGAUAGUUUGUGUUGAUUAGUUUGUUUCAAUGCUAUUAAAACCCUUUUAUUUUAUUUUUAUCUACUCGCCUAUGUGUUUCUAGCUGACAUGAUGCCAAUAAGCCUGCUCACCAAAGCGCUCUCCUGGGAUCCACAGAUUUUAGAGAGCAAAGGGAUAAACAAUCAUAUUACUCCUCACAAAGUACUACCAUGGACAGCUCUCAGCUCUGCACAUGCCCUGCAGUGAGUUUGCCAAGCAGAAGGAGGCACUAUCUCCUCGUCUCAAAGCAAAUGGCUCUCUUAAGUGACAGGAAGGUGCCGGCCAGUCUGUGAUUAAACAAGAGAAAGGCGGCCUUGCAGGGUUUUGUUUUUGCAGACGUGAACAUCUUGUGGCUGGCCCUUUUCAGCUCAUUGAUGGGGCUGUCAGGAAGAUUUGCAUUUUACACUUUCUCAGGGAUGCUGGCAUCUGGAAAGCAACUUUCCAAUGAAGACAAUUGAAAUAAAAAUAUUACAAAGUCA